AUGCUUUGUGAAGGACAACUAGUCUUGGACGCACAAGGAAACUUUACUUGGGAGCCAACAGAAUUUACUGCCAUCAAUGGUGAAACAGUUUUCAAACAGAAAUGUGUGACUGGUACGAAUCCAUCAACUCUAGCGAAUAAUAUCCAUCAAAUUGAUGUAACUAUACCAACAGAUGGUAACGGCUAUGUAACGGUACGUACAGAGUAAGACUAGAAACCGUGAUAGACGACAUCUCAACAUGUUUCGCAACGAUUUCUAUUCUGAAGAGAUAUCACGCUUGUAGGAACUCUCUUCAUUAAAUACAUCAUUUACACACUAACCAGGAAAUUUGAUUCUUUGAUGUUGUUUCUUAGGCUGCUUGUCUUCCAUCGGGUCAACAUAUUGGAUCGCAGAGAAACUGUGGUUUCAAGUUGCAGUCAGCGAUCAAUACAUGCACACCGGGAAAAAAGACAAAAUUAAGGUGCUCCCAAGAAACGGCAGUGGCAAACCCGCAGUUCAUUUCAUAUGGGGUGCGCAUAUGCGAAAGUUCCGUUGUGUUAAAUACUGGAACGGCUUGUGAUUAUGAUACUGCUUUGAACAAUGCAGUAAUUAAGCCAUCUGCAGCACAUUUUUUCUCAUUUAUCUGUCCUUCUUAUCGUGAUCCCCGUGAACCAGGUGGUUUAUACUCAAUUUAUACUGCUCCAAUCAUGGAACAGCUAAUGCAUAGUGAAACGACAGUUAAGUGUGAGCAAGUUAUCUAACGAAGCAAUUUGUUCUUUUUCUCUUAUAUAUUCAACAUGGACUGAAGGAGAACUAUCUUGGACAUACUAUUAACUCACUCGAUCGUCGCCUAGAAACUACUUCAAACUUCGCUAUUGACGAAACAAAUCUUUCAUUUUAUUAAUUUUAUUCCAGAAAGGACUUCCAUUACAAGCCUUUGAUGCUGAGUCUUGAGAUAUGUUUAGAGAGGGUGUGGGUGCGUGCAGCUAGCACAAUAUCGAAAUUUUUUCGUAUGAACUGGAAUCUUAGCAAGUGUCACUUCUGCAUGAGCAUCAAAGAUUCAAAAUUUUGUGACAAAAUUUCGAAUCAAAUAAAUAAUAUUAUAAUCUACCGGUAAAAUCGAGUAAAUUCAUCGUGAAACGGAUCUGCGCAUGUUCUUACUUACAUAUAACAUACGCUUUCAAUGUUGCAUUUCGUACAUGGUGUGGACGUGUAUUUGUUCUGGCAAGACCUACGCUCUCGAUUCUAACAAUACUAUCAUCAAAGCCUUUUAAGUUUCCUUCGAUUACUGCAGUCUGAAUUGAUUUCAUAGCAGUUGAACAUAUAUAAUUCAGAAUAAUGCGUAAUUUUACGUAAUUGUUGAUCUUCUUUGCAGAACUUCAUGUGGAAAUCAUCAGCCACGUUCAACUCAUUUGUCCGCGCAUAUCAUUUGUUUUCGAAUAGACUAUUAUUUUUGUUUCAUUUAAGUUUUUUAGCUAUACUGCUAUCCAUUUUUUGUGUACUCAAAAAGUGAGUACACUCUAGGAUUGGUCAGUGUGUUUGGCCAGCCGGUCGUUUACACGAUAACUUUUGAAACGAGAGUCCAAUCGGAAUGAAAUUUUCUACACAGUUUAGUCUCCACAAUAUCUCGAUCCAGUUCGAAGAUGAGAAUGAUUUGCCGAACCAUAGCUGAAUUAUUACAAAAAUAGUCACCAUCCUCUAUGCUUUCCUAUGCAAAGAUCGACCUAUCCCUGUUUUCGUAAAAAGCUUUUCUUAUCAUAGUCAAAAAUAAAAACCCCAACUAUUACACACCAUUCGAUAUAGAAUUUCACGAGCUACAAAAUGAUAUAUAAAACAUAAACAAACAACAAGGCUAUGUUAACCAUGGCAAAAAUAAAUAAACGGA